AUGUUGUUUUAUUUUGUUACUUUUCUCGCUUUUGUCACCCAAACAUUAGCUUCCAACUCUACGGGACCUUUUGCCCUUCACAUUACAAGCCAGUCGAACUCAUCAAUUAAUGGAUAUGCUGCAGCGUGUCAUGCUGGCGCGGCCAUAGAAGGCCUUUGUUAUUCAUCUGGUGGUGGUGGGAGUGUGACUGAAUUCUAUUUCAAUUACACUUCCUUCAACUCGGAUACGGGAGUCCCCUCGCAACCCGGCUGGAUCACGUACUUGUUGAAAGCCGGUAGUAAUAACGGUACUAUUACUGUGCCCUCCUCAUUACGUCUUGAACCGAGCUUUGGAAGCAACGUUUACACAGCUCUUAUCUAUCCUGGCGUUGAGGAUGGUACCUCUGUUUACUUCCACCCGAAUAACGGCACAUUGUACAUGAACGGGGGCUACGACGAUUCAAGCUUCAACGCAACAUAUCCUAUCCCGCCUCCAUCCCUAGGCAAUCUCACCAACUUCCACUUAUGCUACCAAUUCACCGGUGGUUACUACUACCGGUCAAUUGCCUGGGUAUCUACACAGCCGCCACAUAAUCCGUCAUGUGAACCUGUCAACCUGAGUAUAGAAAACCUUUCCUAG